AUGGGAGCUUCUCCUGGUUUCACGGCCUUCCUCGCAACCUCCUGGGCGGUCAUUUUCGUGGGUAAUUUACUCCUGGCGCUGCUUCUACCCGGCCUACUCGCUCGAGAGUUCCUGAAGCGGUACGCCAAGCGCGAUAUACUGGAGGCAGCUAAAGUGGGUUACUCUAUAGCGGGGCAGCGGAGAGGAGGGCGAGUGGUGGUGCUGCGAGGGCGAGUGAGCCUGCCUGCAUCGCCAGCAUCCAUGCCAGGAGGGUCCAGUCUCGAUGGGGAUCAGGGUUUCCUCAUCAUGAGCACAUCCCUCCAGUCGUACCACUCCCGCCGAGCCACAGCCUUCUAUCGCCGCCGGGAGCACCUGCGGCAGAUCCUGGCCGUCGAUUUCCGCAUAUCCGACGCCAGCGGGGACAGCAUCCUCGUGUGCGGGCGGCGGGCGGCGGACCGGGGGAAACUGGCGGCAUUUGUGCAGCACGGGACGGUGGUGCCUUUGGCGUCUAGCAAGCGGAUCAUCGGCUUCCUGGAUACUUCCUGGCUGGAGCAGGAGCAGCAGUUUCUGGAGACCCAUCCAAACCUUCAGCCAUCGGAUCUUGUCAUUUCCCGGGGAAUGGUCACAGAGGGGCAGACGGUGAGCGUGAUGGGUCUGCUAAGAGAAGCGAGACCUCUCGAGGAUGACGGGGAGACGAUUCGCAGCAGCAGCGUGUGGUCUACAGCUCAGGAGGGUCUGGUGCUGGAGCCGCUCUGCUCGCCUGUGAACGUGGGAGAAUUCUUCCUCUGCUGGGGCUUCUUUCCUGUCUACUUCCCCACGUGGGUGUCGGGGCUACUGAUCUCAGACAAUCAAGGGCUGUUCUAA